AUUUAUUUAUUUAUUUUUCUGAAAUAUCAGUCUGAAAGUCCAGUGGAAACUUAACACUCGUGCAUUUUGUUUGUUUUUUUUAGCAAAAAAACCCUUUACUACAGUCUGUCUUAUUGUUGUCUGGUCUGUUUACGCUUUUGCGUAAGCCAUUAGUGUAGAUUUAUGACUUUCCUUUAUUUAUUUUAUGUAUUCAUGUGUUUUUGCUUUACGUAUCGACUACGUAUAGGCGUAUGUAUGUAGUAUAGACUACGUAUAGGCGUAUGUAUGUAGUAUAGACUACGUAUAGGCGUAUGUAUGUAGUAUAGACUACGUAUAGGCGUAUGUAUGUAGUAUAGACUACGUAUAUUGUUUAUUUUUUUUGAACGCUAUGCAUGAAAACAUGAGUAUUGCAGUCGCGGGUGUGUGUAUGGUUGUGCGCGCCUUCAUCCGUAGCCGGCGUGACCAUCUGCGGAGGAAGUUAAGCGUCGGACACUUUGUCUCCAUUCCGCACAGACGCACAGGAGGACAUGACGCUUAAUCGGUUUUAAAUUGGUCGUCUCGGGCAUUAGGCAGAUGUGUGGCUAAGCCGUUAUUGUUUCUUUCUUUUAGCAUUUUUCCAGAAGAGAGAGAGAAGGAGGACAAGACAUUCCACCCUGCCAUUUAUUAGCCAAAGUGGAUUAACGGUACACACCUGCUUUCCUGUACACAGCGUCACUGUAUUAGCUGGACGUCGAACAGCAGCGCGACUCUGUCCUCAUGCGUUUCCAUGGAGCCGUGCGUGCCUGACGAACUCUUCCAGUCGCACAGCCACGCCGAACACACCUUCAAGCGCAUGGAGACGUACCUGAGGACACGCAAACUGUGCGACGUGGUGCUCGUAGCCGGGGACCGCAAAAUUCCUGCGCACAGGUUAGUCUUGUCCUCCGUGUCAGACUACUUUGCAGCCAUGUUCACCAGCGAUGUCCGGGAGGCCAAGCAAGAGGAGGUGAAGAUGGAGGGAGUGGACCCAGAUGCAUUGUGGGUUUUGGUGCAGUAUGCAUACACAGGGCGGUUGGAGUUGAGGGAGGACACGAUCGAGGCCCUGCUGUCGGCGGCGUGUUUGCUGCAGCUCUCGGCCGUGGUUCAGGCCUGCUGUAGCUACCUGAUGAAGCAGCUGCACCCGUCCAACUGCCUGGGGAUCCGCUCGUUUGCCGACGCCCAGGGCUGCCAGGACCUGCACAAAGUGGCCCACAACUACACCAUGGAACACUUCCUGGGUGUGAUGAAAAAUCAGGAGUUUCUGCUGCUCCCGGCGUGUGAGGUGGAGAAGCUCUUGGUGUCGGAUGAUAUGAACGUUCCGGAUGAGGAGACCGUGGUGUCUGCUCUGCUCAGCUGGGUGCGAUACGAUCCCACCAACCGCCAAUCACAGCUCCCUGUACUGCUUCAACACGUCCGCCUGCCUCUGCUCAAACCCCAGUUUUUAGCAGACAUGGAGGCCAACCCGCUGCUGAGGGACAGCGUGGAGUGCCAGCGCUUGGUCAUGGAGGCGAUGAAGUACCAUCUGCUGCCCGAACGCCGGCCGCUGCUGCAGAGCCCGAGGACGCGGCCGCGAAAGGCCACCGUGGGGGUGCUGUUCGCCGUCGGGGGCAUGGACGCCACCAAGGGAGCGACGAGUAUGGAGCAGUACUGUGUGCGGCGGGACACAUGGCGGCAGGUGGGUGUGCUGAGUGGGCGGAGACUGCAGUUCGGCGUGGCCGUCAUCGACCAGCGCCUCUACGUGGUGGGCGGCCGUGACGGCCUCAAGACCCUCAACACGGUGGAGUGCUACAACCCGCGUAGCAACACAUGGAGCGUCAUGCCUCCCAUGGCAACGCAUCGCCACGGCCUGGGUGUAGCAGUGUUGGAGGGCCCCAUGUACGCAGUAGGAGGUCAUGAUGGUUGGAGUUAUCUGAGCACAGUGGAACGCUGGGAUCCUCAGGCCAGGCAGUGGAGCUUCGUCGCCUCCAUGGCCACGCCCCGGAGCACAGUGGGCGUCGCCGUUCUUAAUAGCAAGCUGUAUGCAGUAGGUGGGAGAGACGGCAGCUCGUGUCUGAAGUCAGUCGAGUAUUUCGAUCCUCACACUAAUAAAUGGAGUGCAUGCGCUCCCAUGGCUAAGCGCAGAGGCGGCGUCGGCGUGGCAACCUGGAACGGCUUCCUGUACGCCAUCGGCGGCCACGACGCCCCCGCAUCCAGCCUCGCGUCCCGGCUCUCUGACUGCGUCGAGAGGUACGAUCCGAAAACGGACACGUGGACGGCCGUGGCCCCGAUGAGCGUCAGCAGGGACGCCGUGGGGGUGUGUUUACUCGGGGACCGCCUGUACGCGGUGGGAGGGUACGACGGCCAGGUCUACCUGAACACCGUGGAGGCAUACGACCCCCAGACCAACGAGUGGACUCAGGUGGCGCCGUUGUGCUUGGGCCGAGCCGGAGCCUGUGUGGUCGCUGUCAAGCUGUGAUGUUCCGCCCCCUGAGGACUGUUACCGUGGUGAUUCUUGUGCAGUAAUCUCGUAGCUUUCUCAACGGAACGAUCUGAACACACACACACACACACACACACACACACACCAGAAUGUACAUUUGUUUCAGUCAGCCGCUGAUGAUCUCCUCCUCAUGUCUCGGGAUCGUUUUUUUUUUCUUUCACCUCCUAUUUCUCAUUGUGUGGAAUGGUAGGAAUGGUAGAGUGAGCAACGUGAUGGAUGAACUACAGGGAUGGAUGGAUGAGGAAAAAACAUGUAAUUGUAGGGUGAACCAUGGGAUGGAUGAGUGAUGGAAGGAAGGAUGGAUGAGGAAAAAAAACAAGUGAUGGUAGGGUGAACAAAGGGAUGGAUGGAUGGAUAAGAAACAAGGAACAAGAGGAGUGGUGGCGGAUGGAUAAAUGGAUGGAUGGGUGAGGGGGAAAAAUCAAGGAAUGGGAGAAAUGGUUGGGUGAACCAUUGUUAGGAUGGCUACAUGCAUAGAUGGAUGGAUGGACGAUGGAUGGAUGGAUGGGUUUGGGGGGGGGGACAAGGAAUGGGAGGAAUAGGUGGGAGAUGGAUGGAUGAAUGAGAGUACAUAAGGGGUGAGAGAAAUGUUUGGGCAAGAUGGAUGGAUGACGAGCAUGUUCUCUCCUCCUCCUCCUCUCGUCCCUUUCUCUUCUCUUAUAAUCUGUCUCUUCCUGUCCUCUUUUCUCUUUUUCUGCUUAUUUAUUUUGAGUCAUGUGCCUUGUUUAUGUACUUUGCAAGGAGAGAAAUAGAUGAACUGCAUAAGUGUGUGUGUGUGUGUGUGUGUGUGUGUGUGUGUGUGUACCCGCAAUGCAGAGGAAAUUUCAAGGAGGAAAUUAAAAGCUCGCCAGCAGAACAUUUAGUGCAGAUCGCGUGUGUGUGUGUGUGUGUGUGUGUGUGUGUGUGUGUGACAUUCAGAUUUUUCACAUUUUUUCCCUCAUGUUCAUCGGCUUCAGUCUGUCACAGUGUCUUAGUCGGGCUGUCAGUCAGAGCGCGCGGAAGUCUCUAGAAACCACCGAGUUCAGAACACCAGGGCAGCCGCUGCAAGGCAUUAUGGGCUGUGAAUAUGAAAUUAAAAAGCGCUGAUGCUAAGCUAACACACCUACGACCAGUGCUAUUAUUGCAUUAUCCACCUGAAUAAAUAAUGCCAGCCAAUGAAACAUGGUCAUAUGUGUGGAUUAUCUGUCAGUCAAACUGGUGUGCUCUUCUGAUUGGCUGUAAGGGUCCAGACAGUCUAGCCUUGCACGGACGACGAGAUGGAGGCAUGACGAGGGAACGCCGAAUGCAGACAGACAGCGAGACAGACAGCGAGACAGACAGCGAGACAGACCGCGAGACAGACCGUGAGACAGACCGCGAGACAGGAGGUAAUUUAGUAGCAGGGAAGAAAGGACGAGACGAGAGGCGGAAAACGAGGACAGAAACGAGGCCGCUCUCGGACGCGAGCUCAGAACGUAGAAGCACGGUCGUGUGACAUCUCGUAUGAAUUCCUUUUGAAUUUGAUUGGCAUGAGGGAAGCGAUGAUUACGUGAUGAUUACACACACACACACACACACACACACACCCAUCAGACACGAUAUAAUCACUCAUGAUUACACACUCGCUGAAUGCUGAGACGGGGAAAUAAAAAACCCCUGCAUGAACAGAUUCAGAGGGAAUAUUACAGGAGGAACUGUAUUAUUUCACCGCUUUCGCUCGGUAGCUACAGCUAGCGCACGCUAACGUAGUAGAUAUUUAGCGAGAUUAUAUUCAUUUUAAUGGAUUCGGCCAACCGUGACGCAUCACUGACCAGGAGCACGACCGCGUUCAUGACCAUCCGUUCAUUUAUUUAAGAAAAUGUUUGAUUUAUUUAUUUUUUAUUAUGCGAAAUAGAGUGUAGCCAUAAUAAUAAUAAUAAUAAUAAUAAUAAUAAUAAGUCUCUGAAGGAUGUUGGAGGUUUUUUGGAUCGUCGCAGCCGUAAAUGUUUGAUGUUGCUGCGACUUUUUUUCAAAAUUUUUGCCAUGUAAAAAGA